AUGUGCCUAGACCAAGGACAUCCGGGAAUCCAUCUUAGUAAGAGCGUAUCAUUCGUCAGUAUAAGAUCACGCGCUUAUAUCUCGUGUCUCCAUGGCAACACGUGGUUGGUGGACGGAACUAAAUUCAAAAACGGUAUACGAAUUAGCUUUUCCGGUCUGACUUUCCUGAAUACGUCUCUACGCUUUUUCGAUGCUUUUGUGGCAGUCAAUGAUACUGUAUUUGCGGAAACCAAACUUGUAAGCUUGGAUAUUGAAGUAUUUAAUCUGCCUCGGCUGGAUUUAUCGCUGAAAAAUGUUGUUUUCCAACAAAAUACAGCGUGCAUGACAAUAAAGCCUAGUAUAAAGAGCAGCAAGAUUUUUGUAAACAUAACGAAUACGCUUUUCUAUCUUUUCUAUCUUUUCUAUGGUAAUUUCUCUUCGAAUACACCAUCGAUUCUUUGGUUAAAUUCCAAAGAAAAUUUGAUCAACAUUCAACUAAGGAACUGCAGUUUUAAGAAGAACACUUUUAAGAAAUAUGGAUUGAUUGUAGUUGUAAACAAAUUAGGAACAACAAACUUUUUACUAAAUCAAUUCCGACUGGAAGAAAAUAGCCAUACGAAUCCCAGCAUUGAAGAAUAUGACGGUUUAUUUCGUCUCCUAUCUGCUUGGGCAUUUAUGAGGUUGGAGUACGGGCUUGUUUAUAAAACAUCUUCUACUUUUCUAACUGUGACCGGGAACUCAUCGCAAAUCAACAUCUCAAACAUUCAGGUGGAUGGAUUCUACUCAGUGACUCCUGGAGGUGGCGUAGUUGACGUAAUUCAAAGUGAUUCAUGUUACUUAUCAAUCAAGGAUUCUUCUUUUCGUAAUGGAAACAACUAUGGUACCGGCGACGGUGUCCUUUCAAUUGUUGUGCCAAAUUCGAUGCUAACCAUUCAAAACUCGACCAUUCAAAAUAUUUCCAAUUUUGCUGGUGCCACAGUGUUGAUACAAUCACUGCGGAGCGCAUAUUUACAAUCGACGAAGCAUAGCAAAAAAUUCUUUGUUCAUCUACGCAUAAUCAAUUCUUCGUUUUCAUAUACGGAGGGUGGUGUAGUUGGGGUAUUUGCUGAAAACUUGUUGGCGACUGUCGGUGAUAGUUCGUUUCUACGAAAAGCUGCUACAUAUUGCGGCGCGCUGUGUAUCACCACGAAUGAUGCCUGUACAAUCGAUCUUCACAAUGUCUAUUUCCUAGAAAAUAGUGCUGAUGAUGGAACAAUUAUUCAAGCUAUUGCCCCCAAAGAGUCUGCUACAUUCAAUCUUUCUAUGACCAACGUUAUAUUCGUCCACAACAAGAUACACGCAUGUUCGCAAGAUCUGAGUGGCAGUAUUGUUUUACUUUGGGUUCGAAGUACUAAAAGUAAUGUUGGUUUUAAAAAUACGCGUUUCAUGGGGAACGUAGCGAAGUUCGGUGGCAUCGUUUUCCUAGCUUUUAGUCAAUUCACGUUAUCGUUUGUAACUCUAGAUACCUGCAUAUUUAGAGAAAAUAUUGGGUAUGGUGGAACGGUAUAUAUACAAGGACAUGUUGCACUAACGUGUAAACAUUCAAUCUUGGAUUCAAAUAGUUUUUUACCGUGCCAGGCAGGGGUAAUGACCCUCAAAUUAAUCAAUUCAACGAUUUUCUUCAAGAACACGACGUUUGUGAACAAUUUGUGUGCAGCACUUGCGGUAUCUUUCAGGGGAACUACAAGUCUAAGAAUAUACGAUUCUGCGUUUGUCCGAGACAAGUAUAUAGGCGGUUAUUCAGCAGCUCUGGUAAUAGAUUUCCAACACUUCAACCAAACAAAUAGUCACUCUGGGAUUCUCAGAGCUUUUAUUACGAGGGUAUUAUUCCAAGAAAAUAUAGCGGCAACUGGAAGUGUUUUGUUUGUGACAAGCGGCGAAGUGACAUUAACGAAUUGUACCUUUUUGAAUAAUUUUGCAAGUUUUCAAGGCGGUCAAAUUGUUAGCGCUGGGCGUGGCUCAGUCGAUCUGGCUGUAGUCCAUUCGGUGUUUAAACAAACAAUUCAAAAAAUCAUAAUUACUAAUAAACAGGAAUUCAUGAUCACUUCAUUCCUAAGGUUAUACAACUCUGGUACGCUAUUUGUUUACAACACAACAUUCAACUGGGACACAAACUCGGAAGAACCACUCAUUCUGGUCCCCAAAGCAGAUCGGGUAUCAUUUGACAAUGCUUCGAUGAGUAAUUGCCCAGUGGGUCAUGCUAUUGAAAAGGUUAGUUAUUCUUAUUUCGUUAAUAAUAAUCGUCAUGGUACCUCUCUUACAUUGUCCUGCAAGGCAUGUGACUACAAUUUCUACUCUCUGCAAAGAGGAACAGCAAGAGGACUGCAUGUAGAUGAUAAUUUCGAAUGCAUGCGAUGCCUGCGCGGAGCAUACUGUGUUCCAGCCAUCAGGGCAAAGUCCAACUUUUGGGGAUACCAAACUAGUUCGAAUCCUCCUAAACUAGCCUUCACAAUUUGUCCGUUCGGUUACUGCAAGUCACCGCCAGCUAACAGUGGUAAAUACAAUGACUGCCAAGGAAAACGUACAGGAGUUAUGUGUGGGGUUUGUUCUCAAGGCUAUACAGAAGCGCUGUGGUCAACGUACUGUACACCAGUCAAAGACUGCCACGAUCAUUGGUUUUGGGUUCUGUUUCUAGCGCUUGUCUUUUCUAUGGCUAUUCUCCUUGUUUUCAAGCCUCCGUUCGUAACGUAUUCUUUAAAACAGAUGUUUUGGUUUAAAAGGUUUGCAGGCAGUCGUACAGCAAACAUUCAAGCCAAUCAUGACAUAAUUCGCUCCUUCUCAGUCGACGAAGAGACCGAACAGGAAAACAUACCGUUGUCUUCAACAGAGCAACUCAAACAAGACAAAAGACAAUUUUCCCGCUUUGUGGAGAUUAUCUUCUACUUCUAUCAAAUAGCACAAUUACUUCUUUCCUCGAGUUGUCUGACAGAAUUUUUUGACACCCAAUUCCUUGUACCUGUUCUGGGCUUCUUCAAUUUCCAACCAAAUUUUAAGAAACAAGGUUUUCUGUGUCCUUUUCCAGGUCUCACUCCAGAGACAAAGUUCGGUUUUAAAAUUGCUCCUGUCUUCGGAACUUUAGUUGCUAUUUUCCUUAUCUAUGCCUUGCAUUUCUUCAUCAGUCGUAUGAGAGGCUCCCUUCGUCCUGCUGUUUCUCCAUAUCUCCAAGCUAGUAUUAAAACUAUAUUUCGUGGCUACGUAACUCUUGCUACUGUCAGUAUUUCACUCAUUCGCUGUGUUUUUGUUGCAGGCGAAGCUCGACGGUUCUACAAUGGAAAUGUCUUAUGCUACCAAUGGUGGCAAUAUGCGUCAUUCACUUUUAAUGCUAUCUUUAUGAUUCCUUUUAUAUUUGUGCUUGCUUGGAUUUCGUUCAAACUUCACCAUGAUAAAAUAACAAUCCAACAGUUCCUUCUUGCCAUUAUCUGCCCGAUUCCAUUUUUACUGUUAUGGAUGUUCCGCCUUGUUUGUCCAACUCCAGUAGUGAAUGUAGAAGAAAACCAAAAUUUAAACGCAUUAAAGGAGAUGCUAUUGGCUCCUUACAGACAAGCGAAAGGUGCAAGCGAGCGAGGGGCUUUAUAUUGGCAGAGUGUCUUGAUUGCUCGUCGAUUUAUUUUGGUUUUAAUCUUCUGUGUUGUAGCUGAACCAUCUAUCAGAUUAUUCUGUAUGACUCUUACUUGUGUUUCUGUGCUCUGCUGUCAUCUCAAGGUUAAACCGUUUCAAAAUUCGUUAGCAAAUAAUCUCGAGUCUCUUUCUUUGUUCUUUUUGGUCAUUUUAGGCUUGGUCAACCUGUUCAAGUCUGUGUUUGUUGGUUCCGAACAAAAUAUCAAGCGUUCUUUAGUAGCAGUUGUCAAAGUGUUUCAAUGGCUAGAGAUGGUUAUGUUAGGACUAUUUCCAGCUAUUCUUUUGCUUCUUGUAUGCUUUGCUAUAAUUUCUGUUUUUGUUCGUGUUCUCUUCAUGUGCUUCAGGUCGAUUUUUAAAUGUUUGUUCAGACCUUGUGCCCAGAGGUGGUUUUCACGUGAUUCUACCCGUUUGCUACAUGUUUGUGACAAUAACGACGAUGAAUAG